UUCUGACUUAGUCACCGCUGAGAAUUCACAUUAAGAAUGUCCUACGUCGCUAAGAACACCACCCAAAAGCCUGGUCUUGAGGAACAAGAACAACCCAAGAUUCACCGUAUCCGUAUCACCUUGACUUCUCGUAAUGUCAAGAACUUGGAAAAGGUCUCUGCUGAUCUUAUUCAACGUGCCAAGGAUAAGCAACUCAAGGUUAAGGGUCCCGUUCGUCUCCCCACCAAGGUUCUCCGUAUCACCACUCGUAAGUCUCCUUGCGGUAACGGUUCUGAGACCUUUGAUAGAUUCGAAAUGAGAAUCCACAAGCGUUUGAUUGAUUUGCACUCUCCCUCUGAGAUUGUCAAGCAAAUCACCUCCAUCUCCAUUGAACCCGGAGUUGAGGUUGAGGUCACCAUCGCCUAAUUUUUUUUACAAAAAAAUUUAAACCUUGUAGCCUUAUAAACGUUUGCCUCAUUGAGUUGGGGCCAGGCUUUAAUAAAAACAC